GAGCGCGCGGGGGCGUGUCCGCGCCCCUCGGGCGGCGGAGGAGAGAGCGCGAGAGCUCGUGCGCCCAGGCGCCCGCGGAGGCAGCUUCGGCGCUGUGCGUCGCUGAGAGCCGUACGCAUCGAGACACAGAGUCUGGUGGGAUGUAGGAGCAACUGGGGAGCCGGCAAAGGGAAAGCGAAAGCCGCAGGUUUGGCCGAUGACAGGUUGAAGGCGCCGCGCAGCGCUCCCGACGCCGGCGGUACCAGGGCCUACCCUCCAGGCCCUGCCUGGCCGAGCCCAGCGCGCCACAGCCAUGGCCAUCGCCCACCUGGCCACCGAGUACGUAUUCUCGGACUUCUUGCUGAAGGAGCCCUCGGACCUCAAGUUCAAGGGGCUUCGGCUGGAGCUGGCCGUGGACAAGAUGGUCACGUGCAUCGCCGUGGGGCUGCCGCUGCUGCUCAUCUCGCUGGCCUUCGCGCAGGAAAUCUCGAUCGGUACACAAAUAAGCUGUUUCUCCCCAAGUUCUUUCUCCUGGCGUCAGGCUGCCUUCGUGGAUUCUUACUGUUGGGCUGCUGUUCAGCAGAAGGAGUCCUUGCAGGGCGAUUCUGGAAACCUGCCAUUGUGGCUACAUAAGUUUUUCCCCUACAUCCUGUUGCUGGUGGCGAUCCUCCUGUACCUGCCCUCCCUGUUCUGGCGUUUCACAGCUGCUCCUCAUCUUUGCUCAGAUUUGAAGUUUAUCAUGGAAGAACUUGACAAGGUUUACAACCGCGCCAUUAAAGCCGCAAAGAGCAUGCACGACCUCGAUGUGACAGAUGGUGCCAGCCCAGUUCCGGGUGUUAAUGAGAACGCAGGGCAAAGUUUGUGGGAGAUAUCUGAAAGCCACUUCAAGUACCCAAUUGUGGAGCAGUACUUGAAGACAAAGAAAAACUCUAAAGAUUUAAUCGUCAGGUACCUCAGCUGCCGGGUGCUAACCCUCAGUAUUAUACUGUUAGCCUGUGUCUACCUGGGCUAUUACUUUAGCCUCUCCUCCCUCUCGGAUGAGUUUGUCUGCAGCAUCAAAUCUGGGAUCCUGAGAAAUGACAGCACUGUCCCUGAUCGGUUUCAGUGCAAACUUGUUGCAGUCGGCAUCUUCCAGUUGCUCAGUUUCAUCAACCUUGUGGUUUACGUUCUGCUGGCUCCCGUCGUUGUCUACACGCUGUUUGUUCCAUUCCGACAGAAGACAGAUGUUCUCAAAGUGUACGAAAUCCUGCCCACUUUCGGAGUUCUGCAUUUCAAGUCUGAAAGGUACAACGACAUGAGCCUCUACAAUCUUUUCUUGGAGGAGAAUAUAAGUGAACUCAAGUCAUACAAGUGUCUGAAGGUACUGGAGAAUAUUAAAAGCAGUGGUCAGGGCAUCGACCCCAUGCUGCUCCUGACCAACCUCGGCACGAUCAAGAUGGAUGUUGUCGAUGGCAAAAUUCCCAGGGCUGUGCAGAUGAUGGGAAAGGAGCUGGGGAACCAGAUGUCAGAGCUCAAAGAUUUGAAUGUACACAGUGAGACUAAAGCAAAUAAUGGAGAGAAGAAUCCUCGACAGAGACUUCUGGAUUUCCUGCUGCUGAUGUCUUCCUUGAACUUCAGAUCUGUGACUUCUGUGAUGUGGGAUUCAUUUUGGCUGAAGCACCUCUGUCAGGCUCCCAGCUGGUUUGCAGUCAAUGGUUAUUCGUAGAGAUACUGAGCACGUCUUCCUGAGUCCCUAAUGCAAAUGAUGGUCAACAAAAUGUUGGGGAAGAAUCUUUCAUGAACUUUCUAGAGAAGCAACGUGGAGAUACAUAAACCGGAGCAAGAAUCUAUGUGUAAGUCCUUGUCCUCAUCAAAUGAAAAGUGGAAAAACUACUCAAAAGUAAGAGUAGGAGCACUUUUAGUGCCUCAGAGAAAUGCCUUUCUGAACAGAUGGUGCGACAAGACUCGGACCUACUGGAAAGCGAGGACUUCAGGAGGUUUUUUUUUGUUUUGUUUUAUGAAAUAGUAAUAAACAUGUCAGGAUAUAAUUUAAUAUGAAUCUCCUAUGUACCCUUAACUACUGUUGGACAAGAAAAACAUUGACAGGCUACCUGUGGACCCACAGGUGGACAUGUCCUUGGCAGUGUCCUAAAUGGGAGUAAUGCUGGUGCCGUGGGUCUUGCCCACAGGCUCUCUCUGCGCUGCUGCUGGUCGGCCUUGGCUAAUGGAAAUCCUCUAACCACUGCUGCUUGCAUUCUGCUGCAAAGGGCAGUGGCCCAAACACUGCUCUGACUGAAAACUUAGUUAACGAGAUGCUCUAAAGGCUGUUUAAGUGUGACUUCUGUAUAGGAAGGAACUCUUCUAGAAGAGCCCACUAGGAAAAUCUGAACUCGUUGAACAAAUUAAUUCAAUCACUUUCCAAGGGGUUUUCUGCAGGGAAUUCAAAUCCUCUUAUCAAAAGCAUUUGAAACAGGAUGUUACUUAAAUAAAUUAACAGCACACACAAUGCUUAAAGUGAGGGACAUUUUGCCUAUUACGAUCAGAACGUGUAAAUGACACCUGCAAUAUAGUCUGCUUGGAACCAGAACAACUUAGCAGUUUCUUUUCUUUUAUAUUUAAGCACAUAUUUAAGAAAUCCUUUUUAAUUUAAAAUCGUAUGAUGUCAGAAUUGAGGCCAUUUAGGAAGAACAUUCUAACAAUGAUGGAGAAUUAUAGAAUAAAUGUUACAAAUGGGUAUAUAAUGUAACACCCAAGCAUUAUUUCUUAAACAUUUAAGGCCGAUUCAGAAUAUAUAAAAAAAACUUUCCACAAUUCUGACCAUGUAAAUAGAUCCUAACUAUGUUUAUACAUUUUAUAUAAAAUUCUUUAAAAUUACAUCUGUUGACCUCCUUGUUUUUGCUCUUAGAAAGUUAACACAUUGCUAAAGUGCGUAAUCCUCAGAAACCUCAAAGUUUACAUUUGCCCUUAAAUUAGUCGUUUGCCUAAUCUAUUUACUAUUUUGUGAAGAACGAAAGUUAUGUAAGCUGCUCUUUCUGCCUUUUAGAAUAUUCACAAAAGCAGAUUUUAUUUGUGCUUCUGUAAUGGUUUCUGAGAUGGAAAGCUAAUGAUAAAUAUCAAGGAUGCAAUCAGUGCUUUACAUUAUUAUUACAUGAUAUUUAUUACUGUUGGAUUAUAGUGUGACUUAGAAAUGGUAGUAGCCUAAAUAAUCGAUUUUGCUACAUUUUUAUAUCACUGUAUCUGAAAUGUUCCAUCACGUUUCUCUACACUGGUUUCUUUUUAUAGUCUGAAAAGAUUUCAGGAAUCUAUUUUUCUAUGAUAUGCUUUUCCCCCCCACAAAAGGCCUCAUCUUCUCUAUAGACUGCCCCUAAUUUGUAUUUGGAAGUGGUAAAAGGGGAUACAUUAUUUUAGGAGACCAGGAACUCUAAGCCCUGUCACGUGUAGUCCUUUUAUCAGAAUUAGUAUAAUUGGAGUCCUUGGCCUCUCUUUUAUUUCCCCGUUCCUACUCUCUGAGCUCCAGUAGGGUCCAAUAGAGUCUGUGACGUCUUGUAUAUCAUGCCAGUAGUCACUGUCUCUGCAGAUAUGAAUAAGGCAGGCCCCAUCUUUGAGGAAUUCAGAGUCUAGUAAAAGGCAUUGAAGACAGACAGAUACCAAGAGGAAGAGUAGCCACAAGAAAAGCCCUUCCAGAAAAUUCCCAGCAAAUGCUCUGUGUUCUUGGAGACACCAUAUUGUUUUUCUCUCUCCUGUAGUUUCUGUAGCUGAUGGUUUUGAGAUCUAGUUACAGUUUUUCCUAGAGAUUCUUUAGCCACAAAUCCCCCAGGCUGAAGCUUGGACAAAACAAUAACCGACAGUGAUUUUCAACAGUAAGAGCUCUACUCGCCUUUUGUACCUUACCUUGCUGAAAGUGGGGAGGACAGGCUUAUGGGGGACAUGGACUUGCCCACGAACAACCGUUGUGGCUCUCAAAGGCUGAUAUGAAUGUGUGGUCAUACAUUUCGGCUUGGGAAAAAGUGUUCUUAGGAGAGUUAAUUCAUCCAUCCAUGGUGAGUUGCUGGCCUAGGGGACUACUUUAGAGGAGCCAGUUUCUUGAGGCUGAGGAGGCCUUCAUUGCUUUAUAAAAGGGGACAGACAGAUCCUAAAUGUCCACACCAGGGUUACUAACUUUGUUUCCAGCUCAUGUCUUCUGGUAAAUCAUCACGAGGCCUCUAAACCAGAGGCACAACACUAGUGUUGCAGCUGGGACUGGUCGUUCUGAAAGCAGUGUCCCGCUGCAUGUUUAAUUUUCCCAAGGGACAGGCAGAGACCCUCCAAUAUAGAGGUUCCUAAAUUUUUGGGAGGUGAUAAACCCUCUUGCAAAGAGUUUAAAAGCUAUGAAUCCUCUCCUCAGAUAGAUGCACAGCACUAAAUACACCUUCCGGGGUCACCAUAGUCCUCGCACCCAACGUCGAGAAGCUCUGCUCUAAUGGCUGAAGACCAAGCCACACAGCGGAGAAUGGACGCUCCCAUUAUCCUUGUGGAAGCUGCUGCUUCCAACAGUAGGUCUCAGCUGCUGAUGUUUGUGUAGUGAAGUCGUAUUUGCACCUUUUGAGUGAACGGUACCUUUGGAGUAACUGACUGCAUUUUCUAGAGUCAGGCUAAAAAGAGUCAGUUAGGAGACUGAGUGGGUGGCAGUUGCCUGGACUGAUCGGGCAGCUGGCACUGACCUCUGUUUGCUCCCUGGCCACCAGGUAUUAUCUUAUUCCAGAUCCAAAUCAUUGUCUGUGUUCAGUCUCACUGGAACGUGGGGAGGCUGCGCAUAACACUGGGUAAAUGUUUUGUCCUACUUUGUAGUUGUACUGUGAGAAUGCUAGAAACUUCCGCCUAUAUGGUGGGUCUUAUUGCAUGAUCAUGGUUUGUUUGUGAAAUUACCUGCUCACUGAGGAUUCUCUGCUGUCCAAGAAUGAGCCAGGGCGUGGCAGCAGGGCAUGGUGGGCCUCGUUCCUGUGAGAAUUAGUUCAGCUCUUGGAGGCGGACUGUUGCACAACUUUUUAAAUAAAUGCAUUUGUGUUUAGUUAAUUUUGCUUUUUGUCAGUUCAGGGUAAAUUGAAGAUCUAUGAGGGUGGGAGUUUUUAUCCACUGCUGUAUCACAAUCUCCUAAAACAGUGACUGGUGUGUCAUAGGCAUUCUGUGAAGGUUUGUGGAAUGAAUGAACACCCUGCUGUGAUACGUCCUAGUUUGUUGGCAAUUGUGAUUUGAUUUUAAAAGGCAAGGGCAGGGGAACUCAUUUAGCCUUUUCGUAGGGGGAGGAAUAUUUCUGUAAAUGAAUAGGUUUGCUCAUAUAAGUAGUGCCAGUUCUUAGCUUUUUAUUGUGGAGUAAGUUGUGAGCACUUUUCAAGUUCAAUACAAGUUCAGUGUUGCCUGCAAUGAUUAGGGAAAUUGAAGUUUUGUGGUUUUUUUGCUGAGGAACAGUCGGCCUGAGCUAACAUCUGUUGCCAAUUUUCCUGUUCUUUUGCUUGACGAAGAUCAGCCCUGAGCUAACAUCUGUGUCAGUCUUCCUCGAUUUUGUAUGUGGGUUGCCGCUACAGCAUGGCUGACCAGUAGUCUAGGUCCAUGCUCAGGAUCUGAACCCGCAAAUCCAGGACACCAAAGCGUAGUACGCCAAACUUAACCACUACACCAUGGGGCCAGUUUUAAAGGUCCUGAUCUCCAUAAUUUCCCAGAAUAACCUCUUGAAAAGGGACAUUGAUUGAAGUGUGCAAUUACCAGUAAUUGAGGUUUCAUUUGAGGGCAUUGAGAUGAAAUGGCUCCUUCUGGGCCAUCAUUGGCAUUUUGACCCUAUUUUUGACAAGUAAAGUGAAACCGUUAAAAAAGGUUGGCCAAGAUGAUAUUGUGUCAUUUGUGAAAUAUAAUAGAUGUUAAUUCAUGAUUGGUUUGUCCUGCCUGCUUUAAAUGAGAUGUAUUGUGUUUCUGGGUUUUCUUUUUAGCUGUAAAAAUACUUUGUCAGUUAAAGCAUGAGAUUUGAUCAGUAAUUGUUCUUCAAGUUCCUGAAAGUUAUAAAAGUUUCUCGUGUCUUGAGUGCUUUCCCCUUGCCCAUCAGAGGAGGAAAAACCCUUGUAGAAUUUGACACAAGUGUUCCCUACAAAAACUGAAGCCAUCAGCUCCUCUUUAAUAAGUUGGCUUUUUAAAAGCACCGUAAUUACAAUUUAACGUAUUCUGUAAAGUGGUGCUUGAGGCAUAAUUUGAAUUCUUUUUAAUGACUAAAUUUCUUAAGACCUUUUAAAGAAAAAUAUGUCUGUUCUUUUUGCUGUGUCAUUUGGUGAGACCGAUUGGUUUCUAGUCCACAAAGAUUGAAGGAUGAGAUCAUAUCAUGGGGUUAGAAAAUGAUCCUUUUUUAAAAAGCACAAGAAUCUUGAAAACUUCACGUUUUGGUGGUUAUCACUAUUAUGUUUCAUAUCUCCACAUGAGUCACUUGUCCAAGUUCUGUAUUCUGAUCAGACUGACUCCUCUUUAAGGAGGGAUGAAAGGCUGAAAAUCAAGGCUGCUGUGUCUAUAGAAAAAAGUGAAACACUGUUUUAAUUCUGCACUGUUGUCUCCACCUAAAUAAAACAACUCUGAGUAAUGGAAAAUGUGUCUUAAUAUUUCUUGCCUUCUCUUCAAGGAAGGUAUAACAGAAGAUGAGUCCUGAAAUGUCUUGAGGCUCAUUCCUCUCUGCUGGAUACAUAAAUUCCGUAGGCUUUAUGGCUCCCACUAAAAUCCAGCUGGCAGUAAGUAAAGGAAGAAAGUCUUUGAUUAAGGGCCCACAGACUCUGGAAUUUCUAAAGCAGAAAUCACAUGCUUCCUGAUUGAGGAUUGUUUGCCUGGGCUUGGAGAGGAAGGAGUAGAGACUAAAUGCUGCUAAACGUGGAUUGGCCUGCCCACUUCUCUCAAGAGGGGAACGCCCUUGUACAAUGGUCAAUUAACACAAUUUACUGUUGUGGGUAAUAGAUCGGAGCCAUUUGAAAUCUGGGCACAG